AUGGCUGAGUCCGCUUUUCAAAAAAUAAUCCGAGUACGGAAUAUUGAUUUGGCAGUACUCGACGAGAGUGCUUAUUACGAAACUAUUUAUGCGAAUAGCAGCGUGCCGAACCGAAGAUUUUAUGCAAUAGAAUCGCCGUUUCGAAUGAAUUCACAAGCUUCAGUAGCAUCUAAAAAGAUGUCUGUCACAAAUGAAAAUAAACACAAACGUAAACGAAAGCGUGGCGUAUCUUCAAAUGUCUGUUGUGAUUUACGCGAAGUCGGCACUGUUUUAAAGAAGAUAUUAGAAAGGGCAGUCGCAGUGGGCGCAUUUAACAAAAAUCAGUGCGAGCCAACACGAUGUUCUUCUGUUGAAGCUUCAUUAAAUUUCAAUAAUUAUCUAGCACGGCAGUUAGCUUUCAUUACAACUUCAAUUCCUUGUCCAUUAUCUCGUUAUACGAAGCUGCAGUGCAUUGCAAAGCAAAACAUCAAAGAAAUACGUUUAAAUGAAGAAAAAAGAUGUAUUAUUUUAGCACUGGACAUUCGCGAACGAAUGAGCGAGGGAAAUGAGCCAUUGAAACCACAUCAUAUUCAGCUAGCAUAUGAUCAGUUGAGAGAAAAGGGCAAACUUUUUCCGCCUUAUGGAUCUCGUCUAAAUCCUUUCAUAUGA